AUGGUUGGAUUCCCAUUGCAGGAUUCCAGCAACCGUGAAGAGAUAGUUCAGGCACUGGAAUCUGCGACUCUUAAGCUCACCACGGCUAUUCCAUGGUUGGGUGGCAAGGUUGUCAACGUGGGUAGUGGACCGGAUAGCAGUGGUAUCUUUCAAAGUGUUCCUUGUGAAGAAUUCUCGCCUCCGAACUCGAUCCUCCGUGUGAAAGACUGCACGGACCUUCUUUCCCCGUAUGCAGAAAUUGUGGCUGCAAAGGGACCAGCAUCUAUGCUAGAUGGCGCAGUGAUUGGACCGAAGAAUGCUUUCCCGCUCAGCUACGAGGAUUCUGAGACAGAUCCCGCACCAGCUUUGCUUAUCCAGGCCAGUUUCUUGAAAGGCGGUCUCAUUUUGGAUAUGGCCGCCCAGCAUAACAUGUCUGACGGCGGUGGUAUUCUUGCAAUGCUUAAUGUAAUCGCAACAGCUCUUCGUGGAAAGGAGAUCCCUGCUAGCACGAUUGAAGCGGCAAAUCUAGACCGCAGAACAGUGAUUCCGCUUUUGGGCCCGGAAGAACCUUUGCUUGAUCAUAGCCACUUAAUCAGACCUCCUCCUCCAGCUGUGAGACCACCACCGCCUUCACCUUUGACCUGGUGCUUCUUUCGCUUCUCAGCCGAGAAGCUGAAUGCUAUCAAGGCGGAAGCAAGUGAUCCUGCUCAUUUGACGGUGCCAUUUAUUUCGCGUGAUGACGCACUAUGCGCUUUUCUCUGGAAGCGUAUCACAGCCGUCCGUUUGCGUCGGCGCCAAACACCAGAUGAUACGUCUAAGUUCACAAGAGCAGUCGAUAUCCGUAAAAUUAUGGGAAUUCCAUUCGAUUACAUGGGCGUCUCAGUAUCCAAUGCCAGCACUUGGCUUUCUUUCCAGCAAGUGACCAGCCUACCACUGGCAGCAGUAGCUUCAGAGCUACGUAAGACAUUGAAUGAGAUAGAUGCGAAGUUUGUGCAAAGCUUCACUACCUUUGUUUCGCGUCAAAAAGAUAAGAGGAACAUCGCCUAUGCGGGUAAGUUCAACUCCGAUACCGAUAUGGGUACUUCUUCCAUGGCAUCUGUACCACUUUACAAGGCGAACUUCGGUCUUUUGGGACAGCCAACCCUCGCUCGCCGACCGACGUUCGCGCCCAUUCCAAGUACCAUAUAUGUCAUGCCGCAAACACUUCAGGGCGACGUGGAUGCACUUGUUUGUCUUGGAGAGGCGGAUAUCGCAGCACUGAGAGAUGAUACUGAGUGGGCAUCGUACGUAGAAUAUAUUGGUUAG